AUCCAGCCAACACGCGCUGAAUUCGUCAAUGAUGGUCCGAUUUAAAUUCCGCUUUAAAGUUCGUUCAAAUUAGACUGUUUACAACGAUGAACGCAAUCACAUUUGACAACGCAACAACGAGCCCUUCACCAUCUUCAGGGUUAAACAUUUACGCUCAGCUGAGCCCUACCUUUUAUCUGUGCCUAGUCAUUUACGAUGCGAUCAUCGCCCUGGCGACUUCUCUGGGAAAUUUUCUCCUGCUCGUUGUAAUCUACCGCGAUCCUCUCCGUUGCCUGAGAACUCCGACAACCUCUCUGAUCGCAAAUCUCGGGGUGGCUGAUUUCUUUGUUGGAGCUUUUCUGGGAUUCGGUCGCACGGUGGAAAUGUAUUUCCUCUACAAAGGACACCAAGAACCUCAGUAUCUAAAUACUUUCCAAUAUUUCAUAGGAGCACUGGCUAUGUUUGCGGCAGUUUGUUCCAUAAUGGCGAUGUCUUGGGAUCGUUUUGUAGCAGUAACAGACCCCAUUAAUUACAAGAACAGAAUAACAGUAAAGAAAGUGAAGUUGUACAUUCUAUUAAUUUGGCUAAAUGCGUUCUUUUUGGCCGUUUUACCCGCCGCUGGUGUCAGAAAACUUGACUUUCUCUUCGCAUACUGUUACUCACAUAUGUUUGUUCCUGCAAUCGUCUUAACAAUCGCCUAUGUUGUGGUUUUCAAGACUUUAUCUAAAAAGCUUGGACAGUUUAAACGGAGAGGUUUUACAGAAAACCCACCGACCGAAACGCAUAGAAAUUACCACCACGAGAAAAAACUGGUUUUUGCCAUCUUUCUUGUUUUAGUCGCGUUUUAUAUGUGUUUUGCCCCGUUCUUUGUGAAAGUACAUUUGUGGUUUUUCUGUUCACAGUGCGAUAGCUCUCCCGCGUUUUUAACAUAUCACUUCAUAUCGAAUGAUAUCCUUUCCCUGUCUGCGCUAAUCGACCCCUUUAUCUAUGCCUGCCGAUUGCAAAGUUUCCGAAAAACUUUUUUUAGAGUGCUGGGUUUCAGAAGAAAUGCUAUUAAUGAGAGCGCAUAGGCCAAACAAAGAAUUAUUUUGUAAGCUUUUAGUCUACCUAGGCAGCUAUCAAAGUGAACUGUAGUCUCUGUCAUUUUUGACGGAGAAAUCGAAUGUUCUAGUUCAAGUAUUGGUAAGCAAAGAAUUUCUCAAAAAAA